AGUAGUUAUUCCUGCGUUCUUGUGACGGACGGGGUGUUUCGCUGCUGUCGUCUAAUGUAGCUAGCUAAUGCUAACAAUAUUAGCUAAAUAGGGUUGAAAAAGCACGAAUUAUGCUGAGAGUAUAUGUUUCAAGCUUGUCACACAAUUGUAUUUUUCCAAUCAAGAAGUCAGCCUUAAGAUUAUAAGCUCACCAACGAUAUUCCAUUUUAUUUGUUUAUUGCGACUGCAGUGCACUUUAGUAACGUAAUAGCAAGCUAGCAUAGCGUUACUUUUCUCGCUUCAAAAUGUGCAGCAUGCUGCAAGCAACAGGUGCAGUAAACAGAGUUUGCUGAGGAAGCUACCCAUGGAUGGGAGCUGGCAACAAUCGAAAAUAUGGAAGAUGAUUCCCCAACUUUGAAACCUAGGCGCAUUCAGAACCAGAAUGUUGUCCAUCGGUUGGAGAGGCGUCGUAUCUGUUCUGGUCGUGCCGGAGCGCACUGGUACCGUGUGCGCUGCUUUCACCAGAACCUUUUUCCCAACUUUACUGUUGUCAAUGUAGAGAAGCCUCCCUGCUUCCUCCGUAAGUUCUCACCAGAUGGACGCUGCUUCAUAGCCUUCUCCUCAGACCAGACUUCCCUUGAGAUCUAUGAGUACCAGGGCUGCCAGGCGGCUGAGGAUCUGCUGCUGGACCAGGAUGGGGAGACCCUGGCCAACGGCAAUGACCAGCGUUCCCUCAACAUCCGUGGCCGCCUCUUUGAGCGCUUCUUUUCCCUUCUGCAUGUCACUAACGUGGCUUCCAAUGGGGAGCACUUGAACAGAGAGUGCAGCCUGUUUACAGACGACUGCCGCUAUGUGAUUGUAGGAUCAGCUGUGUAUGUGCCAGAGGAGCCCUCUCCACAUUUCUUUGAGGUGUACCGGAACAACGAGUCCGUGACUCCCAAUCCACGCUCUCCUCUGGAGGACUACUCACUGCACAUCAUUGACCUGCACACCGGUCGGCUAUGCGACACCAGAUCCUUCAAGUGUGACAAGAUAAUUCUCUCGCACAACCAGGGACUCUACCUCUACAGAAACAUAUUAGCUGUUCUUUCUGUUCAGCAGCAGACCAUCCAUGUCUUUCAGGUGACGUCAGAAGGGACAUUCCUGGACGUGCGGACCAUCGGCCGGUUCUGCUAUGAAGAUGACCUGCUAACUCUGUGCGCUGUAUACACCGAGGCCCAGGGUGAGGGCCAGCCAGGCUUCUCCCGCCUCUACAAAGAGAAGACCAUCAACUCGCUGAAGCACAGACUGUUGGUCUACCUGUGGAGACGGGCCGAGCAGGACGGCAGUGCCACCGCCAAGCGCCGCUUCUUCCAGUUCUUUGACCAGCUGAGGCAGCUGCGGAUGUGGAAGAUGCAGCUGCUGGACGAGCACCACCUGUUCAUCAAAUACACCAGCGAGGACGUGGUCACACUUCGAGUCACUGACCCCUCCCAGCCGUCUUUCUUUGUAGUGUACAACAUGGUGUCAACCGAGGUGUUGGCUGUCUUCGAGAACACUUCUGACAAAUUACUGGAGCUCUUUGAGAACUUCUGUGAUCUAUUCCGGAAUGCUACGCUCCACAGCGAAGCGGUUCAGUUUCCCUGUUCAGCUUCCAGCAACAACUUUGCACGGCAGGUCCAGAGAAGGUUCAAAGACACCAUAGUGAAUGCUAAGUAUGGGGGUCACACUGAAGCAGUCAGAAGGCUGCUGGGUCAGUUGCCCAUCAGUGCUCAGUCCUACAGCAGCAGCCCCUACCUGGAUCUUUCCCUCUUCAGCUAUGAUGACAAGUGGGUGUCGGUGAUGGAACGGCCCAAAACAUGUGGAGACCACCCGAUCAGGUUUUAUGCUCGGGAUUCUGGCUUGCUGAAGUUCAAGAUCCAGGCAGGCCUGCUGGGACGGCCCAUUAACCAUGCUGUCCGGCGGCUGGUGGCAUUCACAUUCCACCCCUUUGAGCCGUUUGCAAUCUCCGUACAAAGAACCAAUGCUGAGUAUGUGGUGAAUUUCCACAUGAGGCACGUCUGUGUAUGAUCGCAAACCAGUGGUCCUGACUUGGUGAGCUGUCCUAAAGCAGAGGUCAACGAUUCUGCCCUUGUCUUGCCUUAAUGUGAGGAUCAAGAUAAGACUGAACAGUGGGAGGAACAACUGUUGAAAGCUCUGGGACUAUUCCUUGCACUCAACAUCGAGGUUCCACAUCACCAUGUAUUUUUAUUGUUCCGAGUUCAAAAUAUGUAUUUUUAUUUUGCCUUCGUUUUAUUUUUAUUAAUUGUUUAAACAUUUUGAAUAUUUUGUUUUUUUAUAUAUAUAUUUUUAAAAUAUACCUGAUUGCCCUCGGCUCUGGUUGUGUUAAAAUUGACUAACUUUAAACCAUUAUCAUUUAUUUUCCUCUUUUCUAAAUAUCCAUUUAACCGUUGUAGGUCACAUCUUCUACUUAGAUACUACCCUUGGUUGCUAAGGUAGUUCAUAUUUGAAAUAAAAUAAAAAUAAACAUGUAUGAGGACUGCUGUGAGGUGGGUACUAUGGUGGUCCACCCAUAGCUGUAUCCAUAUAUAAAAACCUUAGCAUUAAACAUGCUGUUUGCCAAUCAGGUGAGAUUUUUAAGUAGGUCAUUUUGAUGCUGAUUUCUCAGGUGUCUGUUAGUACUAUUGGGAGUGUGCAGUCAUGCCUGUAAUUUCCUCAACGUGUGUAUUUGAGCUCAGAUGUCUCCCUCGUUACUGGAAAAUAAAAUUCUCAUCUCGUGA